CGGCCCAUCUUCCGCUUAAAACUCAAUGGAAAUUUCCAGUCUGUCUACUCACUAUAUUAGAGACCCGACCGGAGAAAGGGAAGGAAGUAGAGGUUAACGGCUCGAAGCAAUCUUUAAUUAAAUACUGCAAGACAAUCUUUAGGACUCUAUUUAUUCACCUGACUGAAAACCGCUUGAAUCUUCAUUUCUUCACUCGUAAAUCUUCUGUCUUCACUUGUUCAAAGUCAUCAUGUCUCAGCAGCAGAUCAGCCUCCCAGCCAAGCUCAUUAACGGUGGCAUUGCUGGCAUUGUUGGGGUCACUUGCGUCUUCCCCAUCGACUUGGCAAAGACCAGGUUACAGAAUCAGAGACCAGGUCAGCAGGUCUACAAGAGCAUGAUGGACUGCCUUGUCAAGACAGUUCGAUCAGAGGGAUACUUUGGAAUGUACAGAGGUGCUGCUGUAAAUCUGACCUUGGUCACCCCUGAGAAGGCAAUCAAGCUGGCCGCUAAUGACUUGUUACGCCAUCACCUUUCCAAGGAUGGAAAGGGGCUGACGGUGUUCAAAGAAAUGCUGGCGGGUUGUGGUGCAGGCAUGUGCCAAGUCAUUGUCACCACCCCCAUGGAGAUGCUCAAGAUACAGCUACAGGAUGCAGGCCGACUGGCGGCCCAGCAGCAGAAACCAGUCGUGAUGUCUUCAGCUAAACUCGUGGCCACCAACGCCGUGCCCAGCCGCUCCUUCAACUCCGGUGCGGUGGUCUCCGCUCCUCGAGCCGUGUCGGCCACUCAGAUCGCAAAGGAGCUUCUCCUGACGCAGGGCGUCCAGGGGCUGUACAAGGGCCUGGGGGCAACGCUGAUGAGGGAUGUUCCCUUUUCCAUCGUUUACUUCCCGCUCUUUGCCAAUCUGAACCGCCUGGGCAAACCCAGCCCUGAGGAGUCGUCGCCCUUCUACUGGGCCUUCCUCUCAGGCUGCGUUGCGGGAUCCACUGCUGCCAUGGCGGUUAACCCCUGCGACGUGGUGAAGACCAGACUGCAGUCGCUGAACAAAGGGGCCAGUGAGGAGACUUACAAUGGAGUUGUGGAUUGUGUGAGUAAAAUCCUGCGGAAGGAGGGGCCCUCCGCCUUCCUGAAAGGAGCAGGCUGCCGGGCGCUGGUCAUCGCGCCUCUGUUUGGAAUAGCACAGGUCAUGUACUUUGUUGGCGUCGGUGAAUACAUCCUGGACAACUCGCCGCUGAGCGUCCUGGCAGCUUGAGAGCAUAUCCUCUCGCCGACCGGCUAUGCACAGGACCCGGGGGACAACUGGCAGCUACGUACUAUCGGUUUACAGAAGAGGACCGAGUCAGACAGACGUCGGGAUGUGAAGCCCUGCGAUUUCAUCACCUGCAUGGUUUGACAGCUGUGUUGCACUUAAACACUUUUGUGACUUAUUCAGUAGGCUGUGGCCGUGGUUUGCACUUGAAGCUGUUAGCCUUACUGGGUUGGGGACUCAGAGUUGUCGUGUUUAUCUUUCUUUGUCUCCAACAGUCAUGUUCAGUUUCCCUCUGUGAGGGAGGGGAGCAAACGCCAUCUAAAAGACACACCUACUGUUUGUGUUUUCUAACAUAAUAACCUUUCAUAUUCUUUUGUAUGUGUAUGUUAGUGUACUUUAAAUCGUUCAAUGCAGUACUCUGUGUGUUGUUGUUGUUGUUAAUCUUCCAUUUCAGUUACAAAACCUUCAACUUGGAACUACGAUUCAAAAUAGGUGAUACAGUAUUUAAUCCUUGUGUUGUCUUCAUUUACGGGCACCAAAAAAUAUCAUCUUUGUCUGAAAAAAAAAGUCCAAAAAUUCCCCAAAAUUUGUGAAAAUUUGCAAAACCUUCAGGAAGAAAAUUCCAAUAAUUCCUUAAAAGUUUCCCUUUAGAGUUUUAUUUAUUUUAUUUUUUUUAAAUUUGGCAAGAAAAUUUUUGUAAAUAUUUUCAAAAAAAGAGUAAAAAUCUUCAAAAAUAAUCCUAAAAAUAUCUAAAUUGAUUACAUAUAUCAAUAAAACUUCUAAUAUUUUCUUUAAGAACAUUCACAACAAAUCCAUUGUUUUGGAGUUUUUUUGUGAAUGUUCUUAAACAUUAACAUUUAUUUUUUUUCCACCAAAAAAAUGUUCAAAGAUUUCCCGAAAAUGUUGAAAAUAUGGACAUCCGCAAUUUCACUGUGAAAAUACUUUUGUUCCACAUUUUCUGACUUUAUUCGGGUCAAUUUCGACCCGCAGGACGACACGAGGGUUAAAGGAUCCGUUUCUUUAAAGUUACGUUUUCAGCAUUUCUAAAUGUGAGACUGACGUGGGACCACACAGUUCAGCAAACCAUGAACUGUGUCCUCGUAAAUACUUGACAUGCAGUCGCUGUUCUGUGAACGGCUGUCUCUGUAUCUUAGCGUCUGCAAAACUUGAGAUGCAUCCGUGCACGUUAUGUAUGAUUUCAUAUGUGUUUGUCCACAUAACUUCACCUGAAAUAUUUACAUAUGCAUACCAACAGUUGUACUCCAAAGGCUGGUUUAUGCCUUAAAGGAAAAAAAAAAAAACACUGGCGCUUGUGAUUCUGAGGGGCAGAAAAAGCAUUAUUGUGGCUACUGUGAACAUGUGAAAAAUGACUGUUACUGUACUCUCUGGUGGCUUUUUGUACGUACUGAAUAUAUACAUUAAACUUUGUAAUGCA